GACCUGGAUCUCAAUGAGCUGGGUGGAACGGUUUCCUGGACUCCGCCUCUGGUCCUCGUCUACACCCAGCAGUACGUGGUGUACCUAGCAGAGGACUCUUCGGGCACAGCUCGCUCACAGGUUGAGUCUCCGGUUGCAGUCGGCACAAACGAGAUCUUGGUGCCUGCUGACACGCCCCGGCUGAACUUCACCCACUUUGCAGUCUAUACGCAGACGGCCUUUCAGGAGCAGACAACCCCAGGCAGCUUAGCCUUCGACGAUGCGGUUGCGGUGGCCCGCAAUGUGGGCUUCACGGACGACGACCUAGACCAAGGCGCCAUCG